GUCAGUGCAGAACGGCGCGCCUCAGCAGCAGAUCCAACCAAACACUGACACCCAGACGCAAGUGGAGGAAUGUGACACACUUCUGAGAAAAGAAAGGUCAAUGUGGACACUACAGCAGCUCUCUGGGGUAGUUGUCGGUCGCCGUGGAUUCCUGAGGCCCGUCUCUAUAGCAACCCAUUCCUCCUCCUGAGUACUGCUGCCAACUUACCCUCUCCACCACACAACAAAUCUCUCCUCAUCCCCCUGGCCAAUCGCCAGCCCUGCACAUUGUUGAAAUGGACACUGAGUCAACCCACUCGGGCUACUCCUAUCACUCCAGCCGCUCGGGGAGAUCAAACCGACAUGGCGAUCGGAGCCGUGAGCGGCACAAGACAAGCAGUAAAGACAGCGUUCGCUCGGAGAAGUCCGUCGUCAUCAACCCCCCCGACACGCCCUCCCAGGAGUCCCCUGUUACCAAUGGAGAGCCCCUGCCAGGAGAACCCACACCAGCAGAAGAUCAGGGAGAUGAUGCCCAGGAUGACAACUGGGGGGAGACCACCACCGCAGUGACAGGCACCUCAGAGCUGAGUAUUUCCCAGGAGGAAGUGGUUGGACUGGGGAAGGGAUUGCACGACCGGACUGAAGAUUUCCGCCGUUAUCUUCCCCUGGCUGUGGGCUCGUUGGUGGGGCUGCUGGUGCUGGCCACGCCUCUGGCCUUCCUGCUUCUUCCGGUUUUUAUGUGGCCGGACAGGCUGCAGGCUUGUGGCACAGCCUGUGAGGGCCUCUUCCUCUCCCUCGCCUUCAAGCUCCUCAUCCUCCUGAUGGCCAUGUGGGCCUUGUUUCUCAAGCCGGGCCGGGCAAGCCUGCCCCGAGUGUGUGUGUACCGUGCCUUCCUCACCACCCUCACACUCCUGCUCACCAUGUCUUAUUGGCUCUUCUUUGGGGUCCGGAUCCUUGAAGCACAGGAUGAGGACUACCAUGGGAUUGUCCAGUUUGCAGUGUCCCUGGUGGACUCCCAGCUGUUCGUCCACUACCUGGCAGUGGUGCUGCUGGAGCUCCGUCACCUCCAGCCCUGCUACAGCGUGUGUGUCAUCCGCUCCACUGACGGAGAGACACGUCACUACAACAUAGGACAGCUUAGCGUUCAAAAGGCCGCUCUAACCAUUUUGGAGUAUUACUACAGAGAUUUCCCUCUCCAUAACCCAGCCCUUCUCUCUGCCUCAAAGCAUCGGGCUGCCAAACACCUGGCUGGGUUGAAGGUCUACAACGUGGAUGCCCCGGGGAACACAGCAGGAGCGCAGCCUGGUAAUGGGAAUCAGUCCCGGGCCAUGGUUACAGCUGCCGCCAAACGCAAAGACAGCGCCCACAAUGAGCUGUACUACGAAGAGGCCGAUUACGAGAGAAGAGUCCGUAAACGUAGAGCAAGGCUGGUGGUGGCUGUGGAGGAGGCUUUCACACAUAUCCGGCGGAUGAAGAAAGAGGAUGAGCAGGCAACACCGUCUGACAUCAUGGAUGUGCGUGAAGCAGCUCUGGCUAUAUUUCCCUCUAUGGCCCGUGCCCUGCAAAAGUACCUCCGCACCACCAGGAGGCAGCACUGCCACAGCAUGGAGAGCAUCCAGAAGCACCUUGCUUUCUGUCUGGUCAACAACAUGAGCCCAAAGGCCUUUCUUGAGGGCUACCUGGCUCCUGGACCGACCCUGCAGUACGGGCCUGAGCGCUGGAUGGCUGACCAGUGGACUUUGGUCAGCGAGGCUUCUGUCACCAGUGGUUUAAAGGAAGGGUCAGAUUUCCUGCUGAGAUGUCUUGACUUUAACUUAGCUGUGACUGUCAAGGGCAUCCCUUACAUCCGUCUGACUGAGGAGUUCAUCGACCCCAAGUCUCACAAGUUUAUACUUCUGCUCCAAUCAGAAACCUCAGUUUAACACAGUGCUGGACUUACAGGACAAUUUUUCCAAAAAUAACUUUUUGUACUGUUUUUUUGUACAUUAUGCUUGUGUAAUUUUCCACAUUGAGUAACUUUGUGUCCCUGUCUUUGUCCUGGUCGACAUAAAAGACGAUAAAUGACAGGAGACGGUAGAGAUGCUUGGAUUUCUCUGUCCUGAUAAGUCCAGAACACAGUCUGGUUUUCCUAUAUGCAGUACAGACGACCCUCCCAAAUGUACAUCUUCCUUUUGCUUGCAUGUGCCAGGGUGUGCCUGCGUGGGGGAGUUCAUGAUUUAGGUGGAGUGUGUUUUCACACCUUUAGGGGUGUAGAUACCACACCAAAUCUGUCUCGACCUGUCUCUUCUUUCUCCUUACCAUACUGACCAGGAUAUUUGAUAAAACCCAAACCCUUUUCACCAAAACUUCUCAUUUUGAGUCUAAGCCACGAUUAUUUAACUGUCCUGUAUUACAGAUUUAUGUACAGUAUUUAUAUGUGAAUAUUUGUUAUCCCUCCAGACUUUUUAUAUCAAAAUUGUGCAUUGCUUGAAUGAUUUCUUUUUUUUAACCUUGUCAAACAUUAUCUUUUAUUUUGUAUCUGAGCUGUAUUUGUGAAGAUAAACUGGACUGUGAAGAGAAGAUGAAGAAAUGUUUGUAAAUGUCAAAAUCACUGGAAUCUCCUGGACUGAAUGCCAACCGAAGUACAGCUGAAUAUAGAUGGUGCAUCCAAUAGACACUUGCUAUGUGUGGACAGUUAAGUGUGUGCAGUGUACACUGAUCUUUUUGUGGACUAUCAGAGAGACUACAUUUUUGGACGACUAAAUUCAUGUUCAUAUCUUGUAUUUAAACGUUACCAUGUGCGCUGUUGAAUUUCAAAACAUAUGCCCCUACAUUUAUAUCUUAUUUCACAGUAAGGAGGGUGUAUAUUAGUUAUCUGCAUAAUGCAAGUUCCUGGAGCAUGAGAUAAUGUACAACUUAAUGGAAUAUUACUUCAGCAAAUUUGAGGAUUUGGAAACGUCUCACCAAAAUAUAUAGUCAAGCAUAUCUCAUGCAGGAAAAGUGCUUAACCAAGUGUUGAAAUUGAAUAAUUUAGUCUAAAUUAGCUCAACCGACUGUCAGUGUUUCUUCUUUCAGUGUUUUGUCUCAGUGUCACACUACUGCCACCUUUCUACAGCUACUGGAACAGCAACACUGUCCUGAGCAUCAAUCAAACUGUUAAGUUGUAUCAAUAUAUAUCUGUAUUCUGAAAACCCUUUGUAUUUAUGAGGACUCUUAUGUUGUAAAUGUAUAUUUACACAAGUGUUUCUGUGGUCACUGGCGGUGUAGUUAUGUGUAGGCUUUUGUGUGUUGAUGGUUGUAAAUAGCUGUAGACUACACAUGUGCCUCAGUCAUACAUAUUUAGGAUGCAUGUGCAGUUUUUCAAGUGUGUGUGUGUGUGUGAGAGAGAGAGAGAGAAAGAGAGAGGGUGAAAAGG